GUACUGUAUGUAUACUGUGCCGUGGUGAUCAGGAUCCUGUAAUCCUGUUGUUUAGUUUAGCUACGUCUCUUUAUGUUUGUGAUCGGAAAUGCUCAGGUUUAUUAGUAAUUUAGUAGUUAACAAAUUCCAUGGUCUGAACAAUAGAUUUCUGUUGGUUACUGAUCAUGGGUUUGCAACGCAGAUUCCAAGAAAGAAUUCAUCGUUGAAAAUUGCUAUCAUUGGACAAAGCACAUUUGCUGCUGAAGUUUACAGACAAUUGAGAAGUAGAGGCCAUAGAAUUGUUGGUGCAUUCACCGUUCCUGAUGUGGGUAGGAGAGAGGACCCCUUGGCAUUGUGCGCGGCGGAAGGUGGUACUCCUGUUUUCAAGGUCAAAGCUUGGCAAGAGAAAGGCACUCCUUUGCCAGAUAUUGUAGCUCAAUACAAAGAUGUUGGAGCAAACUUUAAUGUGUUACCAUUUUGCACUCAAUUCAUUCCCAUGGAAGUAAUAGACUUUCCUAUGCAUAGGAGUAUCUGCUACCACCCCUCAAUAUUACCGAAGCAUCGAGGUGUUAGCUCUAUUAAUUGGACCUUGAUGAAUGGGGAUAAAAAGGCAGGAUUUACGAUAUUCUGGGCAGAUGAUGGACUGGAUACAGGACCCAUCCUACUGCAGCAUUCAUGUGAUGUUGAAGAAAACGAUACAGUCGAUACAUUGUACAAUCGAUUUUUGUAUCCCGAAGGCAUAAAAGCUAUGGCUGAAGCUGUUGAUUUGGUGGCUGCUGGCAAAGCACCCAAAAUUGUUCAACCUCAAGAGGGAGCCAGUUUUGAACCUUCAGUCAGAAAGAAAUCAUUUAGAAAAGUGAACUGGGACCAACCGGCAACUGCCAUCCAUAACUUUGUUAGAGGCCUUGAUAGUUCUCCUGGCGCUUGGACUGUCGUAAAAAAUACAGAAGUGAUUCUAUAUAGCAGCAAAAUUUGGCCAAAAAGUUCGAGAGAACCACAAGGUGAAUCUGUUGAAAUUGAAGGCUGUCCAACCAAUGGCAUUAUUCAUAGUAAUGGUAUUCUGGUACCAGGAAACGACGGUGCUUAUGUGAACUUUGAACGAAUUUCGAUUGCUGGUAGAAUGAUACCAGCAGCUAACUUUGGGAAAAAAGAAGAGGAGAAAGUUAGCAUUGUGCUCACGACUGAAGAAGAGAAAAUCAUUCCUCUUCUCAAGACAAUAUGGACAAAUAUCUUGUCGACUGAAGUUGAUAAUUCGACACAUUUCUUUGAAAGUGGAGCACGAUCUAUGGAUGUUGUAAGAUUGGUUGAAGAAUUGAAAAAUAAAUUGAAAGUUCAGUUGAAAAACGAGGAUGUCUUCAUGUCACCUGUUUUUGAAUCAUUCUGUUCUAUUGUGAUAAUGAAACUAAGGCAUGGUGACAUUCAGAAGUCAAUUGUUUUUGAUGCUGUCAAUUUGCAUGUCAACAAUAUAGACUUGAAGUUUCCAAAACAACUCUUCAUUGAUGGAACUUUCAUUAACGCUGAAAACGGAAAUGCAAUGAAGUGUGUGAAUCCGACUGAUGAAUCAAUCAUUUGUGAGGUUCAAUGUGCGAGCCAGAAAGAUGUGGGUUCAGCUGUGGCUGCAGCCAAGAAAGCGUUCGAAGAAGGUGAAUGGUCUAAAAUUUCAAAUCGCGAGCGAGCAACGAUGAUGCUAAAGCUGGCAGAUCUAAUGGAAGCAAACCAAGAGGAACUGGCAACACUGGAGUCCAUUGACUCCGGAGCUGUUUACUCGUUGGCGCUCAAAACUCACAUUGGUAUGUCGAUUGAGACUUGGCGCUACUUUGCAGGAUGGGCCGAUAAACUUCAAGGUUCUACCAUUCCUAUCACACACGCUCGACCAAGUCGAAAUCUAUCAUUCACCAGGAAGGAACCUAUCGGGGUUGUUGGUUUGAUUGUACCUUGGAACUACCCUCUGAUGAUGUUGUCUUGGAAAAUGGCUCCCUGUUUUGCUGCUGGUAACACAGUGGUGAUCAAGCCUGCCGAAGUGACUCCUUUAACCGCCUUGAAAUUUGCCCAAUUGUCAACUUUGGCUGGUUUUCCUCCUGGGGUUAUCAAUGUUGUGCCCGGAACCGGUGCUGUUGCUGGAGUAGCUCUAGCUGAACAUCCAGAUGUUAGAAAAAUUGGUUUCACGGGUAGUACAGCUGUUGGAAAGCUUAUAAUGCGAGCCGGAUCGAACAAUAAACUGAAGAGAGUGUCUCUCGAACUUGGAGGAAAAUCGCCACUUGUCAUACUUGGUGAUGCGGAUAUUUCUAAAGCUGUAAGAAUGAGCAUGGGUGGUGUUUUCUUCAACAAGGGAGAAAAUUGUAUAGCAGCUGGAAGAGUGUUUGUUGAAUCAAAAAUUCAUGAUGAGUUUGUCCGGAAAGUCGUGGAAGAAACUAAGAAAAUGGUGAUUGGAAAUCCACUUGAUCGAGGUACAGACCAUGGACCACAAAAUCAUAAAGCUCAUUUGGAAAAAUUGAUAGCGUAUUGUAGAAAAGGGCAAGAGGAAGGUGCUAAACUUCUUGUUGGCGGCAAUAGAUGUGAUAGGCCUGGCUAUUUUUUCGAACCAACUAUUUUCACUGAUGUUGAAGAUCAUAUGUAUAUUGCUAAAGAAGAAGCUUUUGGCCCUGUCAUGGUGAUUUCAAAAUUCGACUACAGGAACAUCGAUGAUAUAAUAAAGCGAGCCAACAGUACCGAAUAUGGUUUAGCAUCAGGAAUAUGUACAAAAAAUAUUGAUAGAGCUCUGUAUUUUGCUGAGAAAAUCGAUUCUGGAACUGUAUUUGUGAAUACCUACAAUAAAACUGAUGUGGCAGCUCCAUUCGGAGGUUUCAAAGAAUCUGGUUUCGGUAAAGACCUGGGAGAAGAGGCUCUCCAUGAAUACCUUCGAAUAAAAACAGUAACCAUCGAGUAUGGAGGAUAGAAUUGAAAUUCAUCAAUCGAAGUGCCAUCGAAUAUGAUAAUACCAUUGUUAUACAGAUUUUAUUGUUGACCACUCUUAUUGAAGGAUUUGAGUUUGAUGAAGGAUAAACGUAGAGCCUGAAAAUUAUAUUAUUUUUACAAAGAUAGUAGUCAUAAUAUCUUUGUCUUGAGAUUUGUAUUUGAAGUAUUAUCAAGCAUUUACAUCGACUUACAGGAGAGCGUCAAUAAUCCAUAUUAAUUGGGACUGAACUUACGCAUUGAAAUGAAUGAAAUAUUCGAAAGUUGGCAUUUAGGGUAUGUUUAGCAUUAUUAUGCUUGAUUAUUACAUACAUCAUCUAUAACUCAUACACGAAUAGAAAAAAUAUUGAACCCUCUGAAUUGACAGAGGCAUUUAAAAAUGAUUUAAUUCAUUCUUGUAUUGCAGUACUUCAAUUUUCUUCUCAAAGACAAGUUUUCUUACAUCCCAAUAGACGUUAUAUACAGAAGUUUGGUUAACCGGAUUAUUGAUGUACGACUGUAUAGGAUUGAUCUCAAAUUUUAUUUUGAAAUAUUGAGAAUUAUUAUAAAGCAUGGAGGCCUAGGAUUUAGUUGUGACCCCUGGCUUUCCAGGUUCUAGACCCUCUGGCCGAGGGUCCUGGCUAGACGGAUGUGUGUCAUUGAUCGAUAUUACCAAGAUCUAAGUCAUUCUGAUGAGCUGAUGAGCUUAGUAUCACUAAACAUGGCAGUUGUGUUGGCUCAUAGUUGCUGAUUCUGACUUUUCCUUGAACAUUCCAGAUCUCGCAAACAUAGAUUAGUAGGUUAUUUUUUCUUUUAAAAUAAUCAACUUGGGGUUCUCUCAUGAUGCAUCAUUAAGAGUCUGUGAUGAACGUCGUAUGUGAUGUAAUGUAUGUUAUUCCAUUCCAUUUAUUUUAUCAAUUUGCUUGUUUAUGAUUAUUCAAUUUGCAAUAUUCAAUUUUCACCAAGUGAAACUCAACUACAACUCAAUAAUUAUUUAUUUUUGAAAAAACUUUUUUUUAGUUCGGUUAGGGCUUGGAGGGGGGUGACUGCCCCCCUUUGGAAAAUCUCAUGUUAAAAAUCACACAAAUUCUUGGGUAGAUCGGUGGAUGGGAUUAAUAAUAAUAAUAAGACUAUGAUUGGAUUAAUAAUACCAGUCUGAUAUCUUCAAGUUAUGCAACUUUUUGAAUAAUUACUAUUCGAGAUUUUGUUGAUUUUAGACUUUAAUAAAUUGUAAAUAGGACAGUUUUGGGCAUGAGCCUGUUGUGCCUUUCCUCAUGUCAAGUAUUACACAAUGUGAUCAAUAAAUGAAUACUGUCAAGAUGUAAAUUUUUCUCAUCCAUUUCAUUUUCAUUCCUUACUAAAAUAAAUUCGUAUUUUUUGUAUUAUUUGAAAAAAUAAUGAAUAUGUUAUAAAUCUGUAAAAUAAUGAAGAUAUUAUUAUAUCGAAGAAACCAUAAAAUAUGCUUUUAAGAAUUUCGAGAAGUGGGUAACGCAGUCACUAUAAGUUAGCGUAAACGUGUAUACAUUUAUCUCUUUUCUGUAUAGGGAUACUUGUAAUAUAAAUAGAAAGGAAAAUAAAAAAUCUCAGUACCCUUUUUGAAUUAUUCAAUCACAACAUGUUUCAACAUUGUGAUACCUGCAAUGGAACAAGUAUGUUUAAUUAAAUUGUACAAAUGAAAAUGAAAAAAAAUCUUUAUUAGGAAUUGUACACGUUUGAGAGGAUAAAUUUAAUAAGAGAUUCGGAGAAAAAUUAUGGAAUCUGUGGUCCGUCACAUAAAUUGUGUUGAAACAUGUUGUGAUUAAAUAAUUCAAAAAGGGUACUGAGAUUUUUUAUUUUUCUUUCUAUUUAUAGGCCUACGUGUAUACAUUGUAAUUGCAGGGAUUUUAUUAUUCUUCCACAAAUCAUUCCUUAUUAAUACUUCGAAUAUUGUUAGCACUAGUUAAUUGUUAUUUGAACUCGAAUCAAUUUGCUUAAUACAUAUUUUAUGCCUCCCUCUUAUAAAAAAGAAGACCAACAUUCCAUUCACUCAAUUCUAUCAACUAUUUUUUGUAAUAAAAACAGUUUUCAAUUGAAAAUACAAAUUUCAAAAAAAUAUCUUGAAACAACACUUACACAGAGUGUGGCAUCAUAACGAAAACGGAUCAAAUAACGGAGCGCUAGCCAUUUCGAGAAGUUUAGUUUUGAACUUUUGCUCUUGCACAGUUCAGUCGCUAUUAUGCGUUGGAACAGCGAGGAGUGUGCUUUCGCUGUUGAGGUCUACUUUUCGAAUGGCUGAUCAGUGAUUGCAGCACAGCGCGCCUUUCAAAAUAUGUUUUUAAGAACAAUAUACAGGAAGAAAUUGCCGAAUUUGCGCCUACAAUGCUAGAAAGGGCAAUACCAAAUACUAGCAGUAGGUACUCUAAGGGCCGGUUUCCGAGCUCGGGAUUUAGCUAAGUUCUAGACUUUAACUGGCUUUAAACUCUGGAGUCAGAAAAUUGGCUUUCCGAGUCAGAGCGUUAACGUAGUCGAGUACUUAAAUAUACUCUUGAGUUUAGAGAUCACGUUAGACCCUGGAGUUCAUAAUUUCGCUUUCUGAGUGAAGGGCUUAAGCACGGAGCACACUGGAGACGCGCCGCGCCGCCUUGUCAGUUGAAGCACGGAGCACACUGGAGACGCCGUUUUUGCUCAAAGCACACUGGGAGCCGUUUUCCGGCCAUGACUCACCACCACACCACUGCCUCCAGUCAAUGGAGUGCCAUGUUGAGUACCACAUCAUCAAUAGAAAUAAUUCUACUAAUUAGUUGAAAAUAUAAUUUUUGUACCCGGUUGGCUCAAUCGCAGACCUAUGACUAGCCAAGAAUUCAUCUUCAUGUAUUGGUGUCAUGGUAUUUGGCAUGUGAUUGGUCAUACAGAUUGGGGUAAUGUUGUAUGCAAACAAUGAGUGACUCGUCAUCCAUUCUAGCUGAAGAAACGACUUUACUGUAAUACACCAUAAAUUAAUAUGAAUUAUGUUGAAUUAUACUUUAUUGCAUCAAAAUCUUUACAUUACAGUUAUGGCAAUCAUCAAUAUUAUUAUAAUUAUAAGCAAAGAAAGUGAGUGGCUCUUUGCGCUGCACGGGUCAUUCUUCUCCUAUAUAUUAGAAACCAUCAUAACAAUAUUGUUAUUUUUCAAUUAAAAAUAAAUUGGAAGCCACCAUGUAUAAAAUAUUAUCCAACUAUUACUUUAAAUUGAUUUGUAAUUAUUUUUAUUCCAUUUGGGAUAGUCUUCUUAAAAUUAAAAUAAUAAACGUACUAGUUUGGAACAAGUGUGAUCCACAUGAGGUUCAAUAAGUUCUGAAUAUAAGUGAAAUUAAAUCAAUUUAGAAAAUAAAUUACAUAAGAUGUGUGUGUCCACACACGAACCAGCCAGGUAGGUCAAUCAUCAAUCAAUAUUUCAACUCCUUUAUCUUACAUUAUAAAUAAAAUUUUUAGCACAGGAACAUUUCAAAAUCGCAAAUUUAAAACCUUUAUUUAAAAGUGGAGAUAAAAACAACCCUAGCAGCUAUAGACCCAUUAGUCUUUUAAGUAAUAUAGCAAAAAUAGCAGAGAAAUGUAUAAAAAAGAGUUUAUUGAACCAUAUUAAUGAGUAUAAUAUUAUUCAUAUGAACCAAUUCGGUUUCCAAAAGGAUAGAAGCACAAAUGAUGCACUUGCCUAUUUUUUGAAGAUUGUUUCAAAUAGUUAAAAUAAAAAUGAAAAGACCUUGGCAAUCUUCUUGGAUUUGUCAAAAGCCUUUGACACGGUUCCACACAAUAACUUAUUCAUUAAACUAGAUAAAAUGGGAAUUAGAGGAAUCGCCCUAGAUCUAAUAAAAAGCUACUUGCAAGACCGGUCCCAAAUUUUAUCAAUAGAUUCUCAAAAAAGUUCUGUCACUUUAACUUCGUUUUGGAUUGCCUCAGGGAACCGUUUUGUCUCCUAUUUUGUUCUUGCUCUAUGUAAACGACCUUUUAAAAUUAAAAUUAGGAUGUGGUGAACCUGUAUCAUUUGCUGAUGAUACAGCUAUAAUUUUCGCGCGGAAAAACUGGGAUGAUGCGUUCAGGGUUGCUGAAAGGGAUAUUUGUAUAAUUAUUAAAAAAAUGGCUGGAAUUGAACACUGAGUUUGAAUGUUCAAAAAACUAAAUAUGUCUCAUUCUCAGCAAAUGCAGCAGGAAAGCCUAGUAUUCAUUUGAGAAUUAAACGUCACUCUGAGUGCACAGUCAAGAAGAAUCUCUUCGUUUGUCCAAGUAUUGAAAAUGUAAGUAACCUAAAAUAUCUAGGGAUAAUUAUUGAUGAAAACCUGAAAUGACAUUUUCAUUUAGCUUAUUUAUGUAAAAAACUCAAAUAUAUUUCUUUCAAAUUCUACAAAAUUAACAAAAUACUCAAACUUCAGGAUUUAAAAACAGUAUAUUUUGCUUUGGUGCAAUCCAUAUUAGAAUAUGGGAUAACAAUCUGGGGUGGGGCUUUCGAUAGUCAUUUAAAUAACUUAUUUAUCACUCAAAGAUUAAAACAAUAUUUCAUAAAGAUUUUUCUUUUUGCUGGUGAUGCCUAGAAAUUUUAUAAUUGGUUUUUUCUGCUCUCAUGUAUAUGCAUGUAUGUGUAAUAUUGUAUUAUGAACAUUUUAUUUUUAUUUUUGCUCGUGUAUGUAUGUGUAUGAGUAAAUUAUUGUUUGUUUUCUUUUUGGCAAUAAAUGAAUUUGAUUUGA